GCCUCCAGUGUUUUAUUUUCUUUAGUCUUCCAAGUCUAUGAUAAAGUGAAUUAAUUUUUGCUGACAAUAAUUUGUUUACAUAAUAUAUAACAACUGUAUUACUUUCACCUACACUGGUCAUAUAGCUGAGUAGUUAUCUAUUUGUACUCUAUUUUAAUAUUUUACUUAAUUUCCACAUUGUUUAAAGGACUAAAAAGUGUUGUUUUAUUUUAUUUAUUUAUGUUUGCCCCUUUUCAACUUGAGCCGCUGCCCCUCAAAAAUCCUGUGCACGUCCCUGUAUAUAUAUGAAAUUAUGAAAAUCUAAUUUUAACUCUAAAUAAACCUCUUUUACAUUUUUUUUCUUACAGUAAUCUUUCCUUUUUGGGGGCUCUGCGUUUGGAGGUUUAAGGGGGGUACAUGACGUUUGACAGCGUCGCGCUGCAUGCUGGGAUAUGUCACGCUCUUGUUUACAAGAUGGUAGAAGAGGUUGUUUGUCUCUGACUAAGAAAAAACAAACAGCAUUUCCUCCUCGUCGCCGCGACAGUCUCUUGUCCGACUCCUGGCUUUUGUGGGUAGCGGCUCGCUGUUACUGCGUGGGCGCGGCCGGAGAGCGGGGAGUGACCGGGCAGCAGCCGCCUCAGGAACCGCUGAGAUUCUGCACAGUCACCCUCACGAAACCUCAGAGUACUGCCCUGUUGUCUGAAGACGUAACCUGAAUCCAGCCGAAUGAACAGAGCGACUGCUAAGAAGCUAAUUGAGCGCUACUUUCUGCAGUUGACUGAAGGUUGUGGAAACAGCAACUGCACAAAUGAGUUCUGCGCAUCCUUUCGUGGUUUUGAACCACUGGACAACAAUGCGGCAGCUGCCAAAGCUCUGGACCUCUUUAAGGCUAACGCCAAACUCUGUGAUUAUUAUCCUACCAUCAAGUUGAAGGUGGACGAUGAGCAGAUGGGCAGUAAUAUGACCACUGAGGAUUUUUCAGAUGUUCACUACCUCUCCGAGCACACCGUGUGUAGCAUCCUGACCUUCUGUGAAGAAAAGGGAGAUUAUUCUGCUCUCGUUCGCGUCAUUGGCAGAAUUUUCUCCAACGCUGAAGCCCUCAUGAAGAGUUUUAGAAAGGAUGAACUUGGCACCACCAAAAAUCUUGAUUCAGUGAAACCAGCAGAGCAGCAGAGUGGGGAAGACUCCUCUGCAGCUUCUUUGACUAAUACAGCUCUAAAUGGCGUCCUGGACUCGUGUGAGGUGACAGUUGACCUGGACGGCGUUCGGAGAAUGUACGACAAGCUUCUGUCCAUCGACCAGGUGGAGGCAGCCCUUGUGAACGCUCUCAUUUUCCUCACUCCAAACGUCGAACUAGACCUGGAAUACCUGGAUGUGUACGAAACGAACCCAGACUAUCUGAACAUCUUCAUCAUAGUGAUGGAGAACAGUAACCUUCACAGUCCAGAGUACCUUGAAGUAGCUUUACCACAGUUCUGCAAGGCAAUGAGCAAACUGCCAGUGACCGCGCUUGCCCGCCUCUCAAAGCUCUGGUCCAAGUUCAGCCUCCCACACAUCCGCCGUAUGAUGGAGACCUUCCAGCAGCUCAUAACCUUCACUGUGGUCAGCAAUGAGUAUGAUUCAGAUAACCUAGUAAAUGAUGACGAAACUGUGGUGGCCGCAACCCAGUGUCUAAAGGUAGUGUUCUAUGCGAGCAUCCUAGGAGGGGACGUGGACAUGGAGCACAACGACGAGGAUGAAGAAGAAUCCGAUUCUGAGGAAUUAACACUGCACGAGCUUCUGGGUGAGGAGCGUCUCUACAAGAAGGGCCCACGGGUGGACCCGUUAGAGAAAGAGCUUGGUGUUCGUACUGUAGAUAGCAUCAGACCCCUCAUCCCUUUCGAGGACUUCAUCAAUGAAUCACUGAAUGACGUGAUUGAGAUGGACAAGGACUUCACCUUCUUCAAAGUCGACGCUGAAACAAAGUUUUCUUUUCAGAGCUGUCCUUUCAUCCUCAGUGCCAUCACCAAAAACCAAGGGCUUUAUUAUGACAACAGGAUCAGGAUGUACAGCGAGCGACGCCUCACUGCCCUGUACAGCAUGGUCCAGGGUCAGCAGCCCAACCCUUAUCUGAAGCUGAAGGUUCGCAGAGACCACAUCAUCGAUGAUGCCCUCGUCAGACUGGAGAUGAUCUCCAUGGAGAACCCGUCUGACCUGAAGAAGCAGCUCUUUGUUGAGUUUGAGGGAGAGCAAGGCGUAGAUGAAGGAGGAGUUUCAAAGGAGUUCUUUCAGUUGGUUUUGGAGGAAAUUUUUAAUCCAGACAUUGGGAUGUUCACCUACGAUGACAACACAAAGCUGUUCUGGUUUAACUCCUCCUCUCUGGAGAAUGAAGCGCAGUACACGCUCAUUGGAAUCGUCCUGGGACUUGCCAUUUAUAACAACUGCAUCCUGGACGUUCAUUUUCCUAUGGUUGUCUACAGGAAGCUGAUGGGAAAGAAGGGGAUCUUCUUGGACUUGUCAGACUCACAUCCAGUUCUAUACCAAAGUCUGAAAGGGCUGCUGGAGUACACAGGCAAUGUGGAAGAAGACAUGAUGCUCACUUUUCAAAUAUCACACACAGAUCUAUUUGGAAAUCCAGUACUGUAUAAUUUGAAGGAGCAGGGAGAUCAAAUUGCUGUUACCAAGGAAAACAGACAGGAGUUUGUAGAUCUGUAUGCCGAUUACAUCCUGAACACCAGCGUGGAGAGUCAGUUCAAAGCUUUCAAGAAAGGGUUUCUGAUGGUCACAAGUGAAUCUCCCAUGAAGUAUUUGUUCCGACCAGAAGAAGUGGAGCUGCUGAUCUGUGGAAGCAGAAAACUUGACUUUGAAGCUCUUGAGAAGACGACUGAUUAUGAUGGCGGUUACACCAAAGACACUCAAGUUAUCAAGGAUUUUUGGGAAAUUAUUCACUCCUUCAGCGAAGAGCAGAAAAGGCUGUUUCUCCAGUUCACCACGGGCACUGACAGAGCACCAGUCGGCGGCCUCGGCAAACUGAAGAUGAUCAUCGCUAAGAACGGCUCUGACACAGACCGGUUACCGACGUCCCACACCUGCUUCAAUGCACUGCUGCUACCUGAGUACUCCUCCAAGGACAAGCUGAGGGAAAGACUCCUCAAGGCAAUAACUUACGCCAAAGGGUUUGGGAUGCUGUGAGAGAUCCUCACAAGCUCGUAUCAGGCUUUGAUUGCAGGGGAAAAACAAAGGGAGCAUUCAGAGAUACAAUGAAAUGCUGACAUAAUCAUGUGCCUAACCAAACUCAAACUCCUCUGGUGGCUUUGUGUUCCUAAAUAAGCUCAAUUGUCCAAAGAGUUUAAUAUUUAUUUAAAAAAUCUCCUAAAACCACUUUUAUUUCUCAGCCUCAGAGAUUUUUAUUAUUUAAUUGUUUUGAUUUGCUCUGAAAUAUAAUUAGAGAUUGUGUGGUGUGAACAUUUUGAUGCUGUGUGUGCACUGCUUCUUGAAAGGUUAAAAAAAAAAAAGAAUUUGAAAUGAGUUUAAAAGUGCAUCUUUAUGGUUUUUUCACAUGUUCUUGUCAGGCAUUGAUACAACACACUUGAUUUGUGAAACCAAGAGUGCAAUAACUGAACAGCAGCAGAGUUGUCCGUCAGAACUGUAGCAGUAUUGGUUCCACUCUGGGAUUUACGGUGCUCUUUGGCUACGAUUGUAUUUGAUGUCUUUUGUGCUGUGCCUUUUUGUAUUUGAUUUAAGUACUGUUUGCUUCAACAACAUGUUUUUGAUGGCCUUGCAGGGUUUCUCAGUCACUUAACCACACAGCGGUGCCAGCUCGCACCAUCAGAAAUACGUCCUUUUACUCCUUUCUGCUGUUUUUUUGCUAAAAUCUACCAAUAGCACACUUGUAAGUUCAGGCGGGUGAUGCCUAUAUAAGGCAGGAAAAAAGGUUUUAUUUGCUCAAACAUCUCAGGUAUAAAGACUGUGCAGUUAAUGUGAAACUCUUAUGUGAAACAACUUUAAUGAAAAUCAAAUAAAUAAUAAAAAAAAACAUCAAUUAAAUGUCUUUAAUCACUUAA